AUGGGAGCAAAUGGUGUCCUGGGAGUGAAAUGGAUGCAUGACAACAACCGCUUUGUGUCGCAAGCCGUGGGCACCGCAGUCGUCCUCGGCAAGGAGCCGCAGAGCAGGAUCUACGCGGAGCUUCCGCCCCCCGGUCCGGCGAUUUGCUCAACGCUCCGGACUGCGCCUGAGGGCUUUGCCGUGUCCUCGACUUUGGGCAUUGUGACCGCAGCGGCUCUUAGCCCGUACCGCGACUACGGCCGUGGCGGCGGAUAUUCGCGGAACAAUCAAAGGACUGCCAUGGGAGAACUUGUGGCUCUGCGGCAAGCGAUGGCAAAGAUUCAGGCCGCAGCCACGUCUAUGGGAGCGGAUGCGGUGCUAGGAGUCAAGAUUGAGGCUCUCAGCAUCUGGAACUGCUCGCGAUUCAUGUGCGUGCUCAAGGGCACCGCAGUCCGCCUUUCCCAGUUCGAGGAGAUGGUCGAUCAGAUCCCGUAUCACCACUCCAGAGUGGAAGUUUCGGCAAUGCAAACUCCCGCGAAGCACCUCUGUGUGUCCAGAGUACUCGGACUGGUCAGCAGCGUGGGCUACAGGCAGUGGCGCUGGGGUGGCUUUGGCGUCGCGUCAAACCGGCGCCGGGACGCGGAGAGCGAGCAGGAGACCUUUUCCGCUGCCGUCAAUAGUUUGAUACAGCAGGCGCAGCAAGCGGGUGCCAAUGGGGUGAUGGGCAUCAAGUGGACCCACGAUGACGACCAUCGAAGCAGCUGUCUCGUGGGCACAGCUGUCGUCUUGUCCCAGAAGCCAGGAGUCCCGCCCCCCAGCAGCCUCGACUCUGGGCGCAACUUCUUCCUGUCGAACUCGCGGUCCCCACCGGCAGGACUUGCAGUGGCUCACACAAUUGGCGUCUUCUCAGGCGCUGGCAUCAGCUCGAAAUUGGGAGGCUGGAGCACACAGGCCAUCGCAUCCAUUGAUGAAGAAGCGCUUCAAGCGGCCCGGGCUUGCCUCGAGGCGCAGGCUGCCCAUGCGGGUUGCCACGCGGUGCUCGGGGUGAAGCUGGAAUCGCCAGAGACUGGCCUGGUACUCCUGAGGGGGACCGGUGUUCAGCUCGCCCAGACUGCAAGCUAA